AUGGAGGUGCUGGUCUUCAAGAUUAAGGACCUUGCGAACAAGAAGCAUUUGUUCAAGAUCGACAUGAACGCACAGCAGUUCCACCUCACCGGUUGCUGCAUAGCCUGCCCUGGGGUCGCCAACAUCGUCGUGGUGGAGGGUGGCCCACGUGCCGUGAAGCGAUACAAGAAGCUGAUGAUCAGGCGGAUCAAGUGGACAGAAGAACAGGCCGACGAGGACGACGACGAUGAGGAUCAGGAUGAAGUGACGGCCCCCAAGCUCCAGGACCACUGCGUCCUCGUUUGGGAGGGUGUGGUGAAGCAGCGAAGCUUCAAAAACUGGAAGGUGAGCCACGUCAGGAACGAGCCCGAAGCUCGAAAGCUUCUGAAUGACAGGCAAGCUGACCACUACUGGGACAUGCUGGCGCGGUACCGCGACCCGCGGAUGGACAUCUGA